CCCUCCAGGCGGCCGCGGUCGGUCCGCCUGCGCGCGGCCCCGCCGCCCCACGCACGCGCCACCCUCGCUCCCGGCGCUCACGCUCGCGCACACUUCUCUCCAGGCCCGCCAGCCCUCGACGACGGCCGUCCAGGUCCCUCUGAAACCCGGUCGCACCAUGUCUUCGCCUCCCGAGGGGAAGCUAGAGACGAAAGCUGGACACCCACCCGCCGUGAAAGCCGGUGGGAUGCGAAUUGUGCAGAAACACCCGCAUUCUGGAGACCCCAGAGAGGAGAAGGACAAGGGUGACCAGGAGUGGGAAAGCCCCAGUCCACCCAAACCGACCGUGUUCAUCUCCGGUGUUAUCGCCCGGGGCGACAAGGACUUCCCCCCGGCGGCCGCCCAGGUGGCCCACCAGAAGCCCCACGCCUCCAUAGACAAGCACCCCUCCCCGAGGACACAGCACAUCCAGCAGCCUCGCAAGUGACCGGCGAGGACCCAGCGCCCUCACCAGCCGUGCCUCCGUGCGCCCCGACACUUGGUAUUUCCCCGGCAAAGAGAACUGGCAUUUCUUCAAGACAAGCUCCCCUGGGAAAUUUAAGACAGAGCAAAGCGCCCCUUCCUUUGCCUUGAAUUUCCGUAUCUAAAGCUAGAAUCAGACCCCAAAGCUUGUUUCCGGGGAGUCCUGGCAGGUGCUGUCUGCGAAUCACUGUGGCGCUACAAGUGCCGUUAGCAGAACUUGCCAAGACUUGAGUGAAAUGGAAUUGUUCAGAGUUCAGCUUCAGUUCCGGUUCAUCAAUCGCCCUGGUCUUAAAAACAAGCGGGCACAAAUUUGGGAGGGUUAGAUCAGGUCAGGGGAAAACUCAAUCGUUUCAUGCUUUUCGGUAAGAGGACAAUAAAGUCUUAAUACCUAGUGGGGAGAGAAAGAGAUGAGAGCAUUAAGUACAGAAAAACUGAGCAGGGGAGACUUGAAACAGGCAACAGCAUCACUGCAUUUCUCUCCUUUGUGUGAUGAGGGGGUCACAGCACAGGGCGACACCCAGCAUUCCCAGGAAAAGCAGGGAAAAGCUUACAGCUUUGAAACGGCUCUUUCAUUCCGGGGGUCGUCUUGCUGAAACACUUGCCCAAAGGGACUACUUCCAGGAUGAGGUUUCUCAGUGUGGGUCCCAAGUCCUGCGUUGCCCCACCAUCCAGACCGGCUUGAGUUCUGGGACUGAUCACUGACUAGGUGGAGGAAUAGAUGCAUAGCUAAUUCUGGAACACUAGAGCAAAAGCAUAGACCACGUGGAAAGACCAGACGAGAACCUGCCCUUUGUCUCCCUAGGGAAAAGUAGACCUACCACGUGCCAUUUGAGUUAGAAAAGCCUGUCUGUCCAUCCGUCGAAGUGUCAGGGACUCCCUCUGCUCAAGGGCCCAUGGACCUGGGCCCGUGUUCACUUGGGCCUCUCAAAUUAUCCUACGCUUUCUGCCCAGGUUUCCUACCCAGAGCUGCCUUAGACUGCUCGCUGGCUGAUGGCUAUUAGGUGCCCUGCUUUUCUGAAAAGCCAAUGGGCUCGUUUACUCAGAUGUUCAAAUCUCCCGGAGCAGAUGCUCUGGGAGAGGGUGCAGCCCAACUGGCAGGCUUGCCAGCACGGUGUUUGCCGCGGGGUCAGCAGUGGGCACACCACAGCCUUUCUGAUGCCCUUUCCAGCUCCACAUC